CCCGGAAGUGACGUUGACGGGAAAAUCUCUCCAGGAAUCACAAAUAGCGGAUUUCUAAACAUUACAUUGCGGUUCAUUCUAGUUAAUACUUAAAAACGAAAGGCAACACUUUGCACCAGCAUCUUACGAUUGCCGAGAAUGGGAUCUAAAGAUGUGAAACUCUUGGACGUUUUUUCAUACGAGAGUCUCGUGCAUGCAGUCGCCGGUGCAAUGGGCAGCGUUACUGCAAUGACUGUAUUCUUUCCUCUUGACACAGCUCGACUAAGGCUGCAAGUUGAUGACAAGAGGAAAGCCAAGUCCACUCCAGCCAUUCUAGCUGAGAUCAUGAAGGAGGAGGGUCUGUUAGCUCCAUAUAGAGGCUGGUUUCCAGUGAUUUGCAGUCUCUGCUGCUCGAACUUCGUUUACUUCUACUGUUUCCAUAGUCUGAAGGCCACCUGGCUACAAGGUCAGAGGUCAACGCCCGGACGAGACCUUAUCAUUGGCAUCUCUGCAGGUAUAGUGAAUGUCCUUGUGACCACUCCGCUCUGGGUGGUCAAUACCAGACUCAAACUGCAGGGGGCGAAAUUCAGAAAUGAGGACAUACAGCCCACACAUUACAAAGGAAUUAUGGAUGCGUUUGCGCAGAUCAUACAGCAGGAAGGAGUGGGAGCAUUGUGGAACGGGACCUUUCCCUCCCUGCUGCUGGUGAUGAAUCCAGCUGUGCAGUUCAUGAUAUAUGAGGGUCUGAAGAGGCAGCUCAUAAGAGGAGUGCACAGAGAGCUCUCAUCUCUGGAGGUGUUUCUUAUUGGAGCCAUUGCCAAGGCGAUAGCUACCACAAUAACUUACCCACUUCAGACAGUCCAGUCAGUUCUGCGGUUUGGACAGCAUGGGCAGACCAGAGAACAUCCCAAACUACUGAACAGCCUGAGAUCUGUCAUGUAUCUGCUCAUCAAUAGAGUCAGGAAGUGGGGCAUGCUAGGAUUGUUUAAAGGCCUGGAGGCGAAGCUUCUUCAGACGGUCCUCACUGCUGCACUGAUGUUCUUACUGUAUGAGAAGAUUGCCAGCGCCACCUUCAGGGUCAUGGGUGUCAAACGUCCGGUGACAUCCCACUGACCUCCAACAGGCCUUUAUGAUCUCACUAAUAUCAUAGGAACUUUCAUAGGCUGCACUGAGUAUGUAUGUGUUAUGACUGGUGGUCGACCGAUUAUGGGUGUUUUUAUGGCCAAUGCUGAUAUCUGGAGAAUGUUAAUACGUACACAAAUUAUCUUAAAUUAUCACUUAUUUUACACAAUAUUUACUCAAAAUGCACUAAAAGAAUUUGAAAACAGAGAUUGUUUCGCUGUUGACAAGGCUGUUGGAUUUUGUCAUUGUAAUUGUAAUUGCCAUUUUACAUUAAUAAUGACUAAAGAAUGACCAAAACUUGAACUAGUACUGAAAUUUAAAGGGAUAGUUCACCCAAAAAUGAAAAUUCUCUCCUCAUUUACUCGCCCUCAUGCCAUCCCAGAUUUUUUUUACUUUCUCUCUUCUGCUGAACACAAACAAUUAUUUUAGAAGAAAAUCUCAGCUCUGUAGGGCAAUACGAUGCAAGUGAAUGGUGACCAAAACUUUGAAGCUCCAAAAAGCACAUAAAGGCAGCAUAAAAGUAAUCCAAACAACUCCAGUGGUUAAAUCCAUGUCUUCAGAAGCAGUAUGAUAGGUGUGGAUGAGAAACAGAUCAAUAUUUAAGUCCUCCUUUUUACUAUGUGCUUUUUGAGUUUCAAAGUUUUGGACCCUGUUGACUUGCUUUGUAUGGACCUACAGUGCUGAGAUAUUUUUCUAAAAAUCUUCUUUUAUGUUCUGCAGAAGCAAGAAUGUCAUACACAUCUGGGAUGGCCUAAACAUGAGUAAACAUUGAUCUAUUCCUUUAAUUCCUGCAAGGUUGAUUUUAUGUAGGUUUUUUUUUUAAAGAACAUUUCAUUACAAAUAUGGACUAUCUAUGUUUAUAACCAGCAAAUUCAGGCUGGUGCACAUGGUGUGAAAUAUAAUUUUUUUUUUCUGUGAUCAACAAUAUAACCUGAUCUUGGAUCAGCCCUCCUGCUUUGAUAAGUCAUAUAUGGCAACAGCCUCGGGACUGUUUUUUCUGGUUCUGUGUAGUUAAUACUUGACUUUACUUGGAAACACUGCCCACUGUGACUGCAACUGACCUUUAACCUAAAAGGUUUUGAGUCUGAACUUUGAAACAGUCUAUUUUCACUAUUCGUAAUAAGAGGAUGUGGAAUAACCAGUUAGUGAGCCGACUUCAUCAGAAACAUCACAUCUCUAUUUUGAAUGUUACAAACAGAAGAAAGCUCAAGUGCAUUUGCACAAAGACGCUGAGAAUUAUUUUCAGGCUUUUUAAAAGGUCUUGCUCAGCACUAAUGUUCACACUGCAGUGCACAUAUGGUGAAUCACCAGCAAACAUUGUAGAACAGGAACAGUUAUACAGGUAUAUGAAUGUAUUCUUGAUUGUUAGAACGAUUCUCUAAUCUAGUGUAUCAAAUUGUUGUUUAAUGUGUUUAAUAAUCACAAACUCUAAGUCAUUUAGAUGAAUGAGUUUCAUUCAAAUAAACUUUAAAAUAGAUUUCCUAAAUAAAAUGAAUGAUCUAAAUUAAUGCAGUAUAAACUGGUGUCUUUAUUUUAAUAAAUAAUAUUGAAUAUUUAUGUACUUGUUACUUAAUAUAAGGGAAUAAACAUCUGAAACUCAGAAUUCAGCACUUGAUCCCACUCAAAAUUAUUUAUCAUGGGUGAAAUUCACUGGACAAAUGUU